AUGGCCUUUCGGGGGGCAAUUCUGGUCGUCGGUGGAGUGGAUAAAAACGGUCGAUUUCUCAACACUGUGGAGAUGUUUACGCCGCCAGACGCCCACAGCUCCCUCGGCCAGUGGAAAGAACAGGCCGGUAUGCAGGAGCCUCGCUGCCGGUUCACUCUUCUCACCUCCUCCAACGCCGUCUUUGCUCUCGGCGGUAAUGCAACACACCAUUAAAUGUAUUCCUUCUCUUUCUCCUUUUUGUUUUUCGUCCCUUAUUUUCUUCUAAAUGCGCACUAUGCACCAGCACUGUGUGUGUGUGUGUGGGGUGACCAGCGGUGGGUUCCCGUGAUGAUCGUAGUGGUCGCUCACUUGCUUGCAGGUGAGACUACGCCUAGCGUCCAUUUGCUGGCACCUAACUCUCACCAGUGGCUCCACGUAGCUGGGCUCUGCUCAGCGGCCACACUCCGGGCAACCGCCUCGACCGGCGGGCUAAACCAGGUGAGGGUAUCCGUGCGUGCAACUGCACGCGCGGUACAGUGGUCUGCGCUGGCCGGAUGGAUCUUCGCGUCGACAUCGUCGAGACGAGGCUCUACCUGGACCAUCGUAGGCGGCCACCAGGUAAGUUUCCCCUCAGGUAAGUGCGCUUUCUUUGUUUCUUCCUUUUGUGUGUUGAAGUUCCGCGUCGUACGCUGCGCUUGCUGCCUGCCCUUUAUAUGCUAGUCUGUCUGUUAAUAGCUAACCGACACCCUCGAUGCCUGCUGCGAUUGUCUGUCCGUCAGUCUAUGCCACUCUCUUCUAGCUAGGUGUUACGGUGCCUGACUUUGUGUGGUGCCCUCACUUUGUCUCUGACUGGUGACUGUGUCCGCUUGUCCACUCUAGUUCUAAGUCCCAUAGCGUUAGUUAGCGUGUAUGCUCUCUCCUACUUCACUCCAUCACAUCAUCACCUCACCACCAAGGUCCCAGGCUAAUUCGGGUCUUCUCUCACUAACAAAAAGUCGUGGCCCAUAGUGGAGUCCGGCAGCCGUCUGGGAUAACCGGACAGCCCUGUUCACGGAUGCGUUGCCUGCCCCCGCGAGGGGGAGGGGGCUAGAAAAGGUGCCCUAAAGAUCGCUGAGAACCACGCUGUCUGUAGGCUGGCCGUGGCCGCAGACAAAAUACACACGGUCGAAACAAUAACAACAACAAUCACGCUCUUCCUCUUGCAGCCUAUUCUUCUUCUUCUCCAACUCCUACUUUUCGUCGCCGCAGUCGCCAGACUGGCAGGGUGAGCCCGCUCACUCUGGCAGCCUGGAAUGUUCGUUCCCUUUUAGACAAUCCGAGGAGCAACCGACCGGAACGGAGGACGGCGCUAGUGGCACGAGAACUGGCGCGCUACAAGGUGGACAUCGCCGCACUCAGCGAGACCCGUUUCUCCGAACAAGGCCAACUGGAGGAGGUGGGUUCCGGUUACACCUUCUUCUGGAGUGGUCGACCCAGGGCAGAGCGACGACAUCGGACCGACAUCGUGGGACGACUGCCCUGUUUGCCGCAGGGCAUCAACGAUCGCCUGAUGAGCCUCCGCCUGCCCCUCCGGCGAGGAGGCAAGUUCGCCACCAUCAUCAGCGCCUACGCUCCGCCGAUGACCAACCCCGACGCCGUCAAAGACAAAUUCUACGAGGACCUGCACGCCCUCUUGGCGACUGUGUCGAAGGCGGACAAGUUGAUUGUCCUUGGCGACUUCAACGCCCGCGUCGGCACAGACCAUACUGCCUGGAGGGGAGUGCUGGGCCCUCACGGUCUCCGCGGCUCCAACGACAACGGCCUGCUGCUCCUCCGCACCUGCGCAGAACACCGCCUCAUCCUGACGAACACGUUCUUCUGUCUGUCGGAGCGAGAGAAGGCAACCUGGAGGCAUCCUCGGUCGAGUUAG